AUGGCAAAUUCAAUUCAACUCGCACUUGCCGAUCACCUCGUCAAUCCAGCGAAUCCUUUGUUUCUUCAUCCAGGAGAAAAUCCAGCUUUAGUUCUUGUAACACCUUUGCCUUUCGAUAACAAUUUUCCACAAUGGAAGCACAACAUGCUCGUAACCCUUGAAACCAAGAAUAAGGAUCAGUUUGUUCUUGGAACCCUAACCUGUCCAAAUCUCUUCGAUCCUCUUCACAAAGCAUGGUGCUGCUGCAACAAAAUGGUUAUGUCAUGGCUUGCGCACUCAAUGGCUCCUUCAAUUCGUCAAUCUGUUAUGUGGAUCGAGUCGGCUUCAGAAAUUUGGAGAGACCUUUGUGAUCGCUUCUCUCAUGGCGAUAAAUUUCGCAUUGUUGAUCUGCAAGAAGAAUUGCAAAAUUGA